CACCAUCGUCUUAGUUGUAUCCCUUUUUGGCGUUUCUCCGUUCCCAGUAGUAUCAAUGCGCACACGUCUCUCGCUCUCUCUCAAUGUCUGAUUACUGAAAGCUCGAAGCUUGCACAGAAAACCACUACCGUCCUUCUCCCGAAACCCUAAGCCAGUAAACUAAGUAAACUACUCCGGGAGCUUCAUCAGAACCCUAGAAACUACCAAAUAGAGAUCAGAUCUACAGACAUUUUCUGUAUUUGUUAUCCAGUGAUGCAGCUUUAGCUAGUCGGAGAAAAUGGCAAGCACCGACUCAACAAGACGCCCAAAGCCGGGACCAUGGCCACCGGCAGCAGAGCCCACUGCAAUGCCGGCAUCGUGGGCCAGGAGGACUGGAUUCAGAGCGAGGCUUUCUGGUGAGACAAAUGCGAGUGAUUCUGGUCAGAUUGUUGCAGUUCCCAAACCUAAAGAGGAAGAGCAACGAGUGGAUCUCGAAUCCGGACGAGCUCGGCAAACUCCAGCUGCGAAUGGUGAACUUGAGAAUGAGAAAAUGCCAGUAUCGACUGAUAGAGAUCAAACGGUUAAGAAGAGGAGAGAGACGGAGGGGACUGCGAGGAGUGCAGCAGCAACUGGUACCAACGGCCAGGCUCGGUCUGACCCUCCCCCACAGCUUCCAAAACCGAGACGAACUGAGGAAGUGGAUGUUUUGCCUCAGUCCGUCGACGAUGUAGGGUUUGUGGCUCGCCACUCUCAUAUGAAGUACGAGCUUAGAAACACCCCUGGCCUCGUUCCUAUUGGUUUGUAUGGACUUCAGCAAUAUAUUUCCAUGUUGGGUUCCUUGAUUCUCAUUCCACUGGUCAUAGUUCCAGCAAUGGGCGGCAGUCAUGAGGAUACUUCUAUUGUGGUAUCCACUGUACUCUUCGUUUCAGGGAUGACGACACUGUUGCAUACGUUCUUUGGGUCAAGAUUGCCAUUGAUACAGGGUCCAUCUUUUGUUUAUCUGGCUCCAGCGCUGGCAAUAAUUAACUCACCUCAGUUCCAAGGAUUGAAUGGCAAUAAUUUUAGGCAUAUCAUGAAGGAGUUGCAGGGUGCUAUUAUCAUAUCUUCUGCAUUUCAAGCAGUAUUGGGGUAUAGUGGACUCAUGUCACUCUUUAUGAGGCUGAUCAAUCCAGUGGUUGUAGCCCCUACAAUUGCUGCUGUUGGACUGUCCUUCUAUAGUUAUGGUUUCCCUCAAUUGGGUACCUGCAUUGAGAUUGGUGCAGUGCAGAUACUGCUAGUCAUCAUUUUUUCGCUUUAUCUUCGUAAAAUAUCUGUCCUGGGUCAUCGUAUAUUUCUAAUUUAUGCAGUUCCCUUGGGUCUUGCAAUCACAUGGGCUGCAGCUUUCCUUCUUUCUGAAGCAGGUGCAUAUAAUUACAAGGGUUGUGACAUAAAUGUUCCUUCCUCAAAUAUUAUAUCUGAAGACUGCAGAAAACAUGUUUUGAGGAUGAAGCAUUGUCGAGUAUAUACUUCCAAUGCAUUGAAAUCCUCCCCGUGGUUUAGAUUUCCAUAUCCAUUACAAUGGGGUACACCUGUCUUUGACUGGAAAAUGGCUUUUGUAAUGUGUGUGGUAUCCAUAAUUGCAUCAGUUGAUUCAGUUGGCUCAUACCAUGCAUCUUCGUUAUUGGUUGCAUCCAGACCUCCAACACCAGGUGUUCUCAGCCGUGGUAUUGGACUUGAAGGCCUUUCAAGUGUCUUGGCAGGUCUCUGGGGUACAGGGACCGGUUCUACAACUCUUACUGAAAAUGUGCACACCAUUGCUGUGACCAAAAUGGGUAGCCGAAGAUCAGUUGAGUUAGGUGCUUGCAUUUUGAUACUCUUGUCUCUUGUGGGAAAAGUUGGUGGCUUUAUUGCUUCUAUUCCUGAUGUUAUAGUUGCUGCACUGUUGUGCUUCAUGUGGGCAAUGCUUGCAGCAUUAGGCCUGUCAAAUUUACGUUACAGUGAAGCAGGAAGCUCCAGAAAUAUUAUCAUAGUUGGGCUCUCUCUGUUUUUCUCCUUGUCAAUACCUGCCUACUUCCAGCAAUAUGGUGUUGUUCCUAACGCCAACUCGUCAGUCCCAAGCUAUUUUCAGCCAUACAUUGUGGCAUCUCAUGGACCUAUUCACAGUAAAUAUGGCGGGUUGAACUAUGUUUUGAACACCUUACUGUCAUUUCACAUGGUCAUUGCAUUCCUCAUUGCUAUAAUCUUGGACAAUACUGUACCUGGAAGUCGGCAAGAACGUGGGGUGUAUGUUUGGUCUGAACCAGAGAAUGCAAGGAGAGAACCUGCUGUUGCCAAAGAUUAUGGUUUGCCUUUCAGAGUUGGACGAGUCUUCAGAUGGGUCAAAUGGGUGGGGCUUUGAGAGAUGAGGUUUUAAUUACGUGUCUCAUUUAUCGUUGCUCUCUUGUGUUCAUCUGCAGCUACUCCCUGAGAAAUCACCACACACUGUAAUACAAAAAGAUUAAUGGGAAGAUGUCAGUUGCUCUUGAAUUAACUGUAGCAAAAUGGGCAGACUGGGUAUUCCAUCGGGGAACAUUUAUAAGAUCAUGUUACAAGUGAUCUUCUGUACAAUAGCAAGUUGGUAAAAUCUGUCAUUGUUGUAACCAAUUAUAUACUACAUAUGUAGUCCUGAGUCGCCGGGAAUUGCAACUUGAGAUGGAUUAUUUUUUUCUUUUUGUGAGUUAAUUGUUGGGGUUUCCAGCUUCUGGGAAGCUGAUACCUGGAAUAAUAGUGGAAUUGAGAAAUUUUUUGUACAGCAAUGGAGGCUAUGUUCUUUCUCAAGAGUUGUCUUUAAUGAUGUUCAUGUAAUAAUACAUUGAGAAAUUUAUAGUUAUCGCUCUUGGACAAGUUGAUUUUAAUUAGUACAGAUUUCAUA